AUGUUGUGCAAUCGGUUGCACAAAGCAGCAUUUACGUGCCUUAGGAAGCGCUUUCCAGACAAAUUACCCCACUACAGACAUUUUCACAACUCAGAUGGAACUAUUAGUGAAAAACGUAUCCGCAAUAUUGGAAUACUGGCACACAUCGAUGCCGGUAAAACGACAACAACCGAGCGUAUGUUGUACUAUUCCGGUCGCACGGAUAUGUUGGGUGAGGUAAAAUUGGGCAACACAGUCACCGACUUUUUGCUCCAAGAACGUGAACGAGGCAUUACGAUUUGUAGCGCGGCGGUUAGCUUCAACUGGAAGGAGCAUCGAAUCAAUCUGCUCGACACACCUGGCCACAUAGAUUUUACCAUGGAAGUUGAACAGUCGCUCGGGGCAGUCGACGGUACCGUGGUCAUUCUAGAUGGAUCAGCGGGCGUAGAAGCACAAACCGUUACCGUGUGGGGUCAAGCCGAUCGGCAUCAAUUGCCGCGCAUAGUGUUCGUUAACAAAAUGGACAAAGAAGGUGCCAAUUACGAAGCAUGUUUGGUGGACGUCCGGCAAAAGCUGUCCACCGUCCCUGUGCCACUUCAAAUGCCUAUUAAAGAACAAGGAAAAUUGGUGGGUGUAAUUGAUGUGCUUUCGUCGUGCAGGAUUAUCUGGGAUGGCCAAAAUAAAGGCAGAUCCUACAAAGCGAUUCCAAUCACCGACGAAGAGCUGCAUGAUGAAGUUCAAGAGAAGUUGUACGAACUGAUUGAUCUGCUGUCGGGUAUGGACGAUAGUCUGGCGCAAGCCAUCAUUGAAGCGAAUAGUUUCGAAAACAUUAAACUGAACCUUGUCCUGGAUGCCAUUCGUAAUUGCACGGUCAAGCAGCAAAUCGUGCCCGUCCUGUUGGGAUCGUCAUAUAAAAAUGUUGGAGUUCAGCUACUAAUGGACAGCGUUUUGAAUUUUUUGCCUGCUCCAAGUGAGCGAAAUCAUAUAUAUGACUGUUUUGGGACUGAUUUUGUUGGAAAGGUUUUUAAGGUAACGCACGACAAACAGCGUGGUCCCAUCACGAUGAUACGCGCAUUUCGGGGAACGGCAAAGAAAGGUUCGAAAUUUAUCACAGCCACCGGAGGUUCGGAGACGAUACAACGUAUCUACGAACCACUUGCCGAUGAGUACCGGGAAAUUGAUUCUUUUAGCUCAGGCAAUAUAGGACUUUGUGCUGGACCUAAGUCGACCGUUACUGGGGACUUGGUAGUGGCAAACGCGGCUGCUUUAAAAAAAGCACUAAAGCGACUUUCCGCGACUGACAAUACCACGGAAGAAAACUCAGACGAUGAGCUGUUGCUGGCUUCAAAGCUGGGCCUGCAAAACACCAUUCCGGAUGCAGUUUACUUUUGCUCGAUAGAACCUCCAUCGUCUGGACAACAAACGGCACUGGACAAUGCGCUGCGUGAAAUCCAACGUGAAGAUCCAAGCCUACGAAUACGAUACGAUGACGUAACCGGACAAACUGUACUCGGGGGUAUGGGACAACUGCAUUUAGAAAUAGUUAAGUCUCGCAUUUUAAGUGAGUAUCGAAUCGAUGCUGAUUUGGGUCCGCUUCAGAUUGCGUACAAGGAAACGCUUGAUGAACCCAGCCGGGGACAGUGGACUGCGGAAAAGGAAAUAGCCGGUAGUAAACAAUCUGUACACAUGGAUAUGACCAUCUUUCCACUUGCUGUCGAGAGUAAUGUGGAGCGCUUUGUUUUGGAUAAUUCUGCCGAAGCGCAAGAAACGCUCAAACUUGUUCGUCCAAGGCAAAUGACAUAUUUUCGGAAGGGAGCGCUCGGUGCACUUCAGCGAGGUCCAAAAUUGGGAGGUCAAUUGGCAAAUUGCGCUAUAAAGUUGCAUGCGCUCACGAUCGGGAGAGGCACUGCUGAUCCAUUCAUUAUGGCUGCCGCUGCUCAAUGCAUAAGCAAUGUAUUGAAGAACGCUCGCUGCCGUCUUCUGGAACCGGACAUGUUUCUGGAAAUUGUCACACCUAGCGAAUACCUGCCACCGAUCCUAGCUGAUCUUAGUCGUCGAAGGGCACGCAUAGAAGACGUUGCCCAGCGUGGUUCAGCAAACAAGGUAGUGAAAGUCAAUGCGCCCCUGGCAGAGUUGGGAGAUUAUUCCACAGUACUACGCACGAUAAGCUCCGGUACGGCAAGCGUCUCGAUGGAACCGAACGGACACUCUCCCAUGAAUGAAUUCGAUGAAGCGCAAGCAAUGAGACGAGCAUUAGGAUUGGAAUGA